CUUUUCCUUUUUUUUUCUUCAUAUAGAUCUGAAUACAUAUAAACUAUAUAAUAAAAAUGUCAAACAAACGUAAUCGUUCAUCUUCCAUCGAUAGAGAACAAGACAGAACCUCAGAUGAAAGCUUAGUGAAACGUAAUCGUAUUGAUAAUACAAAGGAUGAUUUAUUAUCUGAAUUAUCUCAAGUUUUAAAUACAAUUAAAUCAACACCGUCAUCUGGUGAAAUCUCUGCAGAAGUGAUGGAAACAUUUAAAAUUCUAAUGCUGGAGAUUGAUCAAUUAUCCGCUGAUGAAUCUAAUUUAGAAGCAAAACGUAUGAAGCAAGAGAGUGAGCUUUGUUUAGAAUCUUGGUUUGAUGAUUUACUUGCUCGUUGUGAAGCUGACGGUGAAUUAAAUUUGGAAGAUUUAGAAAAUUUAUGUGCAAGUGAUGAAGAAGAAGAUGCUAUUGCUUUUGCUAUAUCUCAAGAAGAUGAUGAAGACGAUGAAGAUGAAUUGAUUAUUGUUGAUGAUGAAGGCUCUGAAGUAGGUGGAACUUCUCAGCCACUUAUUGUUUCAUAGUUAUAUACCGUGAAAUACUUAUGACUUGUAUAAGAAGACCAUAUAGUUCACCCUUUUUCUUUUCCAAAUCAUACUCUUUUGUUUUCUCCUAUCCUUUACGCUUACGAAUGUAUAUCUGCUCACUUAUUUUUAUAUUAUUCAUUUUUUUUUCUUUUUUCCUGCUUUUUAUUUUGACUUUCCUUUUGCAACAGCAAAUACCAUUCGCCUAUUGUUAUACAAAAGAUAGAGCCAACAAUAAACCAAGUACGCGCAUACAUAUAUUUUAUGUAAUAUCAAUCACACUAUUAUUUAGCAUGGGUAGCUCAAUCAAAAAAAAAAAAAAAAAAAAAAAAA